UCUACCGAAAGCAGCAUCAUUUGAAUUGCAAGCAACGAUUGGGGAUCUACAAGAAUUUAAUCUUAAACGCAAAAUGGCCUGUUUAAUUCUCCUUCUGAGUGCCCUGUGUGUACUUGCCCAAGGAACGCAUCUGUCCCAUGUCGGUCACGGAUCCUUUCCCGAAGCUCAUGGCCAUGGGCAUGUUUCGGUGGGACGCGAAUACCUUCCGGUGGAACACGGAAUCCCCAUUCCUAUUGGACAUGGAUCUUCCCAUCACUAUGGUCUUGAAGCUCCACAUGCACACCAUCUGCCGCUUGCAGGCCUAGGCUUUCCUCAGCAUCACGGUCAUAUAAUUGCACAUGACUCAGUAUCGGCUCAACAUCUUCCAGAAUCAUAUCAUCAGUUGGCCUCUCCGGGUGCUUCCAUUUAUCAUCACGAUCAUCAUCAUCAUCAUGGGGGAUCGGCUUCCAUUUUGGCUGGAACUGGACAUGCUCAUGUGCAUCAUAAUCGCAAUUGCCAUGCCACCAUCCAGUGUCCCAAUUCUGUGAGUCCGACCUAUGCAUCCGAUGGACAUUACUGCUAUAAGCUUAACAACCCCUGCGACCUGGCCAUUGCCAACUGCAAGCGUCGCAAUGAGCUGAAAUCCGUCCUAAGGCAUAUCAGUCAUGGCGAGUGCCAUCAUCUGCCUAGAAGUCAGAUACCCUACUAAGUCCGCCCUUAACAAGAUGAAUAAUCCACUGACCAAACAAGAAACUACUUGAUAUAUUUUCUGUUACUUUUUCUGUUAAAAAUAAAGGCAUUUUUUAAAGAAUUGUUAAAUAUA